AUGGCAAAUGUUCUUCUUUAUUUUACUAAAUUCAGUGAUGUAAAGUCAUUUCUUUUUGUUUCUAAAAAGUGUCAGAAUUCAUGUAAAGUACUUAAAACAAACCCACUCAUUGAGUAUGGUAUAGGUGAAAAGAUAAAAAAUUGGGCAUACAAAAUUAUUUUAUUUUUUCCAAAUAUUCAAACAUUUAGAAUUAAAGACUUGAAUGUUUUUCUUCCACAAAAUAUAAUAAACAAUGUCAGUCUUAUAGAAACAGUUUGUAAUUUUGAUCUUUAUAAAAUGGAAAAUGAUGACGAACAAGAUUCAUCUUUAUCUUCUUUGACAUUUCCUCUUUUUAUAAAUAGUCACGGAGAGUAUUAUUUUUAUGAUUCAUUGAGAAAUUAUUUACCAGGUUAUCCAGAAGGAUGGUUACCAAAAGGUAUUCAUUCAAUUGGUACUGAAAUUCAUGAACACCAGAAUUGUGCUAUAGAAAAAUUAGUUGAUUAUUCGAUUGUAUCUAAUUACAGUGCAUGGUGGUUUCUUAUUCAUAUGACUUCUUUUAAAAAUUUAAGAUACUUAACUAUUAUUUUGGAAGAAGAAAUUGGUUGGAAUUCUUCAAAAUUUAAUAAAGGGGAGUCAAUCUCUAUUUAUUUAGAGAAGGUUAUGAAUUUUCUCUCUCUAAAAACUAUGUUGCAAAAAGUUAAACUAAUUACUAUAACAAAUACUAUUAAAGACUCUAUUUAUCAUCAAAUUAAAAAAUAUCCAAAAAUUAAAUUUAUUAUUAUCGCAUAUGAUUGUCUUAAAAGUGAAGUCCAAAGAUGGAAAAAAGUAGCAUCACUACCAAAUGUUUAUGUUUUAUUUAAAUGUGUGAUUCCAGAGAUUUUAAUGGAAACAAAAUUUGUAAUUUCUGAGCAUUUUAGUAUGAAAUUUAAAUAUGGAUGGUAUUCUUCUCAUAUUAAAAAUUUAUGUAAAGAAAUAGAAGUGCUCAAUUAUUUGAUUGAAAAAUUAGUAUUAAGCAUUUCUGUUCAUUGUAAGAUAGAAAACCUUCCAGUAUCUUUUUUAACUCCUCUGUAUAAUCUUUCACAGUUAAAGAUAAUUGAGAUGCAUUUAGUUAUUAACACAGAGGCUAAAUACAAAUAUAUUCUUCCAAUAUCAUUAAAGUCAUUAGUCUUAUCUUCUGAUAUUACUUUUGGGAUGUCCACAAUUAGAAUGUCUUCAAUAAAUUUUAGUCUUCAAACUCCAACAUUAGAAUAUUUACAACUCAAACAACUCAAACUUCGUUCUGAAAUAGAAAUAAUUCUUCCAAGCUCAUUGUCUAUUCUAAACGUAUUAAGUUGUGAAAACAUCACAAUCAAAGUUUUUCCAUUGUUUAAUCUAGUCUCCACUGUAUUUAAUAAUUGUAUAAGAUGCAAGUUAAUAAAAGACUUUAAAUAA